UGGAGCUCGGCGGGGCCUCUCCUCCUCCUCCUCUGCGCCCUUUCCCUCGGCCGGAGGGAGGCUUUGGCGUUUGCGCGUCUGCAGGGGAGAGAUCCUCAGUGUCCUUUUGGGAGGUAGCCGUGUUCUUCACGGAGGAGGAAUGGGCUCUGCUGGAUCCAGGCCAAAGAAAACUCUACUGGGAAGUGAUGGAGGAAAAUUACAAUACCGUAGCCUCCCUUGUUGCAGAUAGAAGAGAGAUGGCAAGUGAGAUGGAACCAGGACGGGUGAUUAUAGAAAGAGAGGAAGAUCUACAUGUGGAAGAGAAAUCUGGAGAUCAGCAGGUACCAAAGAGACAAUGCCGAGGGAAAAUGGAAGCAAAGCAGAAGCAGAGGAAAGAAUUGGUUGCCUCUCAGAGCAGGAAGAUGCAGGAGGCCCCAAUCCAAGAUGAAAGGCUGACGAGAAAGAGAAGGCAGAAGAGACUUGACAUAGAGGAAAGGUCCAGGUGCAAAUACAAUCUGAAAAAAUAUAAAAAAUAUGCAACCUGCCAGAAAGAAUAUAAAAGUUUUGAGCAUGGACAGGGCUUUCACUGGAGUAGUGAACUAACUGUACAUCAGAAGGCUCUCACAGGGGAGAAGCCAUAUAAAUGUUUGGAGCGUAGAAAGAGCUUUUCUCAGAAUGGCAGCCUAACUGUACAUCAAAGAAUUCACACAGGGGAGAAGCCAUAUAAAUGCCUGGAGUGUGGAAAAAGCUUUUCUCGCAAUCACUACCUUAAUGAACAUCAAAGGAUUCACACAGGAGAGAAACCAUAUAAAUGCUUGGAGUGUGGAAAGAGCUUUUCUCAGAAUGGCAGCCUAACUUCGCAUCAAAGAAUUCACACAAGGGAGAAGCCAUAUAAAUGCUUGGAGUGUGGAAAGAGUUUUUCUUGGAAUGGCAGCCUAAUUGUGCAUCAAAGGAUUCACACAGGGGAGAAGCCAUUUAAAUGCUUUGAGUGUGGAAAGAGCUUUUCUCGCAAUGACAAGUUAACUGUGCAUCAAAGGAUUCACACAGGUGAGAAGCCAUAUAAAUGCUUGGAAUGUGGAAAGAGCUUCUUCGAGAUUCGUAUCCUAACUAAUCAUCAAAGGAUUCAUACAGGGGAGAAGCGGUAUAACUGCUUGGAUUGUGGAAUGAGGUUUUCUCAAAAUGGCCACCUAACUGUGCAUCAAAGGAUUCACACAGGUGAGAAGCCAUAUAAAUGCUUCGAGUGUGGAAAGAGCUUUUCUCAGAAUGGCAGCCUAACUGUACAUCAAAGGAUUCACACAGGUGAGAAGCCAUAUAAAUGCUUGGAAUGUGGGAAGAGCUUCUCUGAGUCUGGUGUCCUAACUGCGCAUCAAAGGAGUCACACAGGGGAGAAGCCAUAUAAAUGCUUGGAGUGUGGAAAGAGCUUUUCUCGGAGUAGCAACCUAACGGUACAUCAAAGGAUUCACACAGGCGAGAAGCCAUAUAAAUGCUUGAAAUGUGGAAAGAGCUUCUUUGAGACCGGUGCCCUAACUAGUCAUCAAAGGAUUCACACAGGCGAGAAGUCUUAUAAAUGCUUGGAAUGUGGGAAGAGCUUCUCUGAGUCUGGUGCCCUAACUAAACAUCAAAGGAUUCAUACAGGGGAGAAGCGGUAUAAAUGCUUGGAGUGUGGAAAGAGGUUUUCUCAAAAUGGCCACCUAACUGUGCAUCAAAGGAUUCACACAGGAGAGAAGCCGUAUAAAUGCUUUGAGUGUGGAAAGAGCUUUUUUCAAAAUGGCAGCCUAACUACACAUCAAAGGAUUCAUACAUGCGAGAAGCCAUAUAAAUGUUUGGAAUGUGGGAAGAGCUUCUCUGAGUCUGGUGCCCUAACUAAACAUCAAAGGAUUCAUACAGGGGAGAAGCGGUAUAAAUGCUUGGAGUGUGGAAAGAGGUUUUCUCAAAAUAGCCACCUAACUGUGCAUCAAAGGAUUCACACAGGAGAGAAGCCAUAUAAAUGCUUUGAGUGUGGAAAGAGCUUUUUUCACAAUGGCAGCCUAACUGCAUAUCAAAGGCUUCAUACUGGGGAGAAGCCAAAUAAAUGCUUGGAGUGUGGAAAGAGCUUUUUUCAGAAGGGCAGCCUAACUGCACAUCAAAGGAUUUACACAGGCGAGAAGCCAUAUAAAUGCUUGGAAUGUGGGAAGAGGUUCUUUGAGACUCGUCUCCUAACUAAACAUCAAAGGCUUCAUACUGGGGAGAAGCCAUAUAAAUGCUUGGAGUGUGGAAAGAGCUUUUUUCAGAAGGGCAGCCUAACUGCACAUCAAAGGAUUCACACAGGCGAGAAGCCAUAUAAAUGCUUGGAAUGUGGGAAGAGCUUCUCUGACUCUGGUGUCCUAACUAAACAUAAGAGGAUUCAUACUGGGGAGAAGCCAUAUAAAUGCUUGGAGUGUGGAAAGAGCUUUUCUUGCAAUGACCGCCUAACUGCGCAUCAAAGGAUUCACACAGGGGAGAAGCCAUAUAAAUGCUUGGAGUGUGGAAAAAGCUUUUCUUGGAAUAGCAGCCUAACUGCGCAUCAAAGGAGUCACACAGGAGAGAAGCCAUAUAAAUGCUUGGAGUGUGGAAAGAGCUUUUCUCGGAAUGGCUACCUAACUGCACAUCAAAGGAUUCACACAGGGGACAAGCCAUAUAAAUGCUUGGAGUGUGGAAAGAGCUUUUCUCUAAAUGGCCACUUAACUGUGCAUCAAAGGAUUCACACAGGGGAGAAGCCAUAUAAAUGCUUGGAGUGUGGAAAGAGCUUUUCUCUGAAUGGCCCCUUAACUGUGCAUCAAAGGAUUCACACAGGGGAGAAGCCAUAUAAAUGCUUGGAGUGUGGAAAGAGCUUUUCUGAGAAUGGCAGCCUAUCUAAACAUCGAAGGAUUCACACAGGGGAGAAGCCAUAUAAAUGCUUGGAGUGUGGAAAGAGUUUCUUUCAGAUGGGUAACUUAAGAGGACAUCAAAGGAUUCACACAGGGGAGAAGCCAUAUAAAUGCUUGGAGUGUGGAAAGAGCUUUUCUCUGAAUGGCCCCUUAACUGUGCAUCAAAGGAUUCACACAGGGGAGAAGCCAUAUAAAUGCUUGGAGUGUGGAAAGAGCUUUUUUCUGAGUGGCCCCUUAACUGUGCAUCAAAGGAUUCAUACAGGGGAGAAGCCAUAUAAAUGCUUGGAAUGUGGAAAGAACUUUUCCGAGAAUGGCAGCCUAUCUAAACAUCAAAGGAUUCACACAGGGGAGAAGUCAUAUAAAUGCGUGGAGUGUGGAAAAACCUUUUCUCGCAGUGACAGCCUAACUGUGCAUAUGAGGAUUCACACAGGGGAGAAGCCAUAUAAAUGCUUGGACUGUGGAAAGAGUUUCUCUCGGACUGAUAACUUAAAAAAUCAUCGAAGGAUUCACAAAGGGGAAAAGCCAUAUAAAUGCUUGGAGUGUGGAAAGAGCUUCUCUCAGACUGGUAGCUUAAAAAAACAUCAAAGGAUUCACACAGGGGAGAAGCUGUAUAAAUGCUUGGAAUGUGGAAAGAGCUUCUCUCAGACUGGUAACUUAAAAAAUCAUCAAAGGAUUCACAAGGUGAAAAAGCUGUUUAAAUGCUUAGAAUGUGGAAAGAGCUUUUCUCACAAUACCUCCCUAACUGCUCAUCAAAGGAUUCACACAGGGGAGAAGCCAUAUAAAUACUUGGAGUGUGGAAAGAGCUUUUCUGAGAAUGACAACCUAUCUAAACAUCAAAGGAUUCACACAAGAGAGAAGCCAUAUAAAUACUUGGAGUGUAGAAAGAGCUUUUCUCACAAUAGCCACCUAAAUGCGCAUCAAAGGAUUCACAGAGGGGAAAAGCCAUAUGAAUGCCUGGAGACUUGAACACCCUUUAAGCACAUAAGCAGCCUGAAAAAACACCACAAUGUUGCAACCUGCCAGAAAAGGUAUAAAUGUUUUGAGCAUGGAAAGAGCUACUACUGGAGUACUGAACUAACAGCACAUCAGAAGGCGCUUACAGGGGAGAAGCCAUACAAAUGCUUGGAGUGUGGAAAGAGCUUUUCUCGCAAUGGCAAGCUAAACGAACAUCAAAGGAUUCACACAGGGGAAAAGCCAUAUAAAUGCUUGGAGUGUGGAAAGAGCUUUUUUCACAAUGACAGCCUAACUGCACAUCAAAGGAUUCACACAGGGGAGAAGCCAUAUAAAUGCUUGGAGUGUGGAAAGAGCUUUUCUCACAACAGCAGCCUAAACGAACAUCAAAGGAUUCACACAGGGGAGAAGCCAUAUAAAUGCUUGGAGUGUGGAAAUAGCUUUUCUCGCAACAGCAGCCUAAACGAACAUCAAAGGAUUCACACAGGGGAGAAGCCAUAUAAAUGCUUGGAGUGUGGAAAUAGCUUUUCUCAGAAUGGCAGCCUAACUGCGCAUCAAAGGAUUCACACAGGGGAGAAGCCAUAUAAAUGCUUGGAGUGUGGAAAGAGCUUUUCUUGCAAUGACAACCUAACUUUGCAUCAAAGGAUUCACACAGGGGAGAAGCCAUAUAAAUGCUUGGAGUGUGGAAAGAGCUUUUCUCGCAAUGACAGCCUAAACAAACAUCAAAGGAUUCACACAGGGGAGAAGCCAUAUAAAUGCUUGGAGUGUGGAAAGAGCUUUUCUCAGAAUGGCAGCCUAAAUGUACAUCAAAGGAUUCACACAGGGGAGAAACCAUAUAAAUGCUUGGAGUGUGGAAAGAGCUUUUCUCAGAAUUGCAACCUAUCUAAACAUCAAAGGAUUCACACAGGGGAGAAACCAUAUAAAUGCUUGGAGUGUGGAAAGAGCUUUUCUUUCAAUGACAACCUAACUUUGCAUCAAAGGAUUCACACAGGGGAGAAGCCAUAUAAAUGUUUGGAGUGUGGAAAGAGCUUUUCUCACAACAGCAGCCUAAACAAACAUCAAAGGAUUCACACAGGGGAGAAGCCAUAUAAAUGCUUGGAGUGUGGAAAGAGCUUUUCUGAGAAUGGCAGCCUAAAUGUACAUCAAAGGAUUCACACAAGGGAGAAGCCAUAUAAAUGCUUGGAGUGUGGAAAGAGCUUUUCUCACAAUGGCAAUCUAAACGAACAUCAAAGGAUUCACACAGGGGAGAAGCCAUAUAAAUGCUUCGAGUGUGGAAAGAGCUUUUCUCGCAAUGACAGCCUAACUGUGCAUCAAAGGAUUCACACAGGGGAGAAGCCAUAUAAAUGCUUGGAGUGUGGAAAGAGCUUUUCUCAGAAUUGCAACCUAUCUAAACAUCAAAGGAUUCACACAGGGGAGAAACCAUAUAAAUGCUUGGAGUGUGGAAAGAGCUUUUCUUGCAAUGACAACCUAACUUUGCAUCAAAGGAUUCACACAGGGGAAAAGCCAUAUAAAUGCUUGGAGUGUGGAAAGAGCUUUUCUUGCAAUGACAACCUAACUUUGCAUCAAAGGAUUCACACAGGGGAGAAGCCAUAUAAAUGCUUGGAGUGUGGAAAGAGCUUUUCUCGCAACGACAGCCUAAACAAACAUCAAAGGAUUCACACAGGGGAGAAGCCAUAUAAAUGCUUGGAGUGUGGAAAGAGCUUUUCUCAGAAUGGCAGCCUAAAUGUACAUCAAAGGAUUCACACAGGGGAGAAACCAUAUAAAUGCUUGGAGUGUGGAAAGAGCUUUUCUUGCAAUGACAACCUAACUUUGCAUCAAAGGAUUCACACAGGGGAGAAGCCAUAUAAAUGCUUGGAGUGUGGAAAGAGCUUUUCUCACAACAGCAGCCUAAACAAACAUCAAAGGAUUCACACAGGGGAGAAGCCAUAUAAAUGCUUGGACUGUGGAAAGCACUUUUCUCAGAAUGGCAGCCUAACUGCGCAUCAAAGGAUUCACACAGGGGAAAAGCCAUAUAAAUGCUUGGAGUGUGGAAAGAGCUUUUCUCGCAACGACAGCCUAAACAAACAUCAAAGGAUUCACACAGGGGAGAAGCCAUAUAAAUGCUUGGAGUGUGGAAAGAGCUUUUCUCACAAUGGCAAUCUAAACGAACAUCAAAGGAUUCACACAGGGGAAAAGCCAUAUAAAUGCUUCGAGUGUGGAAAGAGCUUUUCUCGCAAUGACAGCCUAACUUUGCAUCAAAGGAUUCACACAGGGGAGAAGCCAUAUAAAUGCUUGGAGUGUGGAAAGAGCUUUUCUCAGUAUUACAACCUAUCUAAACAUCAAAGGAUUCACACAGGGGAGAAACCAUAUAAAUGCUUGGAGUGUGGAAAGAGCUUUUCUUGCAAUGAGAACCUAACUUUGCAUCAAAGGAUUCACACAGGGGAGAAGCCAUAUAAAUGUUUGGAGUGUGGAAAGAGCUUUUCUCACAACAGCAGCCUAAACAAACAUCAAAGGAUUCACACAGGGGAGAAGCCAUAUAAAUGCUUGGAGUGUGGAAAGAGCUUUUCUCAGAAUGGCAGCCUAAAUGUACAUCAAAGGAUUCACACAAGGGAGAAGCCAUAUAAAUGCUUGGAGUGUGGAAAGAGCUUUUCUCACAAUGGCAAUCUAAACGAACAUCAAAGGAUUCACACAGGGGAGAAGCCAUAUAAAUGCUUUGAGUGUGGAAAGAGCUUUUCUCAGAAUUGCAACCUAUCUAAACAUCAGAAGGCUCUCACAGGGGAGAAGCCAUACAAAUGCUUGGAAUGUGGAAAGAACUUCUCUGCAAGUGGUAUCUUAAGAAGACAUCAAAGGAUUCACACAGGGGAAAAGCCAUAUGAAUGUUUGGAGUGUGGCAAGUGUUUUUCUCGCAAAUGCAGCCUAACUGUGCAUCAAAGGAUUCACACAGGGGAGAAGCCAUAUAAAUGCUUGGAGUGUGGAAAGAACUUCUCUGAGAGUGGUAUUUUAAAAGCACAUCGAAGGAUUCACACAGGGGAAAAGCCAUAUAAAUGCUUGGAAUGUGGAAAGAGCUUUUCUCACAAUAGCCACCUAACUGUGCAUCAAAGGAGUCACACAGGGGAGAAGCCAUAUAAAUGCUUGGAGUGUGGAAAGAGCUUUUCUAGCAAUAACUAUAUAACUGUGCAUCAAAGAAUUCAUACAGGGGAGAAGCCAUAUAAAUGCUUGAAGUGUGGAAAGAGCUUUUCUUGUUCUGUUCACUUAAGAGGACAUCAAAGGAUUCACACAGGGGAAAAACCAUUUAAAUGCUUGGAAUGUGGAAAGAGCUUUUCUCACAAUAGCCACCUAACUGUGCAUCAAAGGAGUCACACAGGGGAGAAGCCAUGUAAAUGCUGGGAGUGUGGAAAGAGCUUUUCUGAUAAUGGCAGCCUAUUUAAACAUCAAAGGAUUCACACAGGGGAGAAGCCGUAUAAAUGCUUGGAGUGUGGAAAGAGCUUUUCUCGCAAUUACAGCCUAACUGUGCAUCAAAGGAUUCACAUGGGAGAAAAGCCAUAUAAAUGCUUGGAGUGUGGAAAGAGUUUCUCUCAGAUGGGUAACUUAAGAGGACAUCAAAGGAUUCACACAGGGGAGAAGCCAUAUAAAUGCUUGGAGUGUGGAAAGAGCUUCUCUGAGAUUCGUACCUUAAGAGCACAUCAAACGAUUCACACAGGGGAGAAGCCAUACAAAUGCUUGGAAUGUGGAAAGAACUUCUCUGCAAGUGGUAUCUUAAGAAGACAUCAAAGGAUUCACACAGGGGAAAAGCCAUAUGAAUGUUUGGAGUGUGGCAAGUGUUUUUCUCGCAAAUGCAGCCUAACUGUGCAUCAAAGGAUUCACACAGGGGAGAAGCCAUAUAAAUGCUUGGAGUGUGGAAAGAACUUCUCUGAGAGUGGUAUUUUAAAAGCACAUCGAAGGAUUCACACAGGGGAAAAGCCAUAUAAAUGCUUGGAAUGUGGAAAGAGCUUUUCUCACAAUAGCCACCUAACUGUGCAUCAAAGGAGUCACACAGGGAAGAAGCCAUAUAAAUGCUUGGAGUGUGGAAAGAGCUUUUCUAGCAAUAACUAUAUAACUGUACAUCAAAGAAUUCAUACAGGGGAGAAGCCAUAUAAAUGCUUGAAGUGUGGAAAGAGCUUUUCUUGUUCUGUUCACUUAAGAGGACAUCAAAGGAUUCACACAGGGGAAAAACCAUUUAAAUGCUUGGAAUGUGGAAAGAGCUUUUCUCACAAUAGCCACCUAACUGUGCAUCAAAGGAGUCACACAGGGGAGAAGCCAUGUAAAUGCUGGGAGUGUGGAAAGAGCUUUUCUGAUAAUGGCAGCCUAUUUAAACAUCAAAGGAUUCACACAGGGGAGAAGCCGUAUAAAUGCUUGGAGUGUGGAAAGAGCUUUUCUCGCAAUUACAGCCUAACUGUGCAUCAAAGGAUUCACAUGGGAGAAAAGCCAUAUAAAUGCUUGGAGUGUGGAAAGAGUUUCUCUCAGAUGGGUAACUUAAGAGGACAUCAAAGGAUUCACACAGGGGAGAAGCCAUAUAAAUGCUUGGAGCGUGGAAAGAGCUUCUCUGAGAUUCGUACCUUAAGAGCACAUCAAACGAUUCACACAGGUGAAGAGCUGUUUAAAUGCUUGGAGUGUGGAAAGAAGUUUUCUCGCAAUAGCAGCCUAACUGCACAUCAAAGGAUUCACACAGGGGAGAAGCCAUAUGAAUGCCUGGAGAAAUGUGGAAAAAGCUUCAGUCACAGUGCAAGACUUAAGUCUCAUCAAAGAAUUCACACAGGGGAGAAACCAUAUAAAUGUCAGGAGUGUGGAAAAAGCUUCAGUCACAGUGUAAACCUUAAUUCCCAUCAAAGGAUUCACACAGGGGCUAAACCAUAUAAAUGCCUGGAGUGUGGAAAAGGCUUCACUCAGAAUGGAAGCCUUAGUCGCCAUCAAAGAAUGCACACAGGGGAGAAACCACAUAAAUGCUUGGAGUGUGGGAAAAGUUUCAGUUUAAAUGGAAACCUUACUCGUCAUCAAAGAAUGCACAAAGGGGAAAAACCACAUAAAUGCCUGGAGUGUGGAAAAAGCUUCAGUUGGAGUGGAAACCUUACAUCCCAUCAAAGAAUUCACACAGGGGUAAAACCAUUUGAAUGCUUGGAGUGUGGAAAGAGAUUCAGUCGUAGUGGACAUCUUACUCGCCAUCAAAGAAUGCACACAGGGGAGAAACCACAUAAAUGCAUGGAGUGUGGCAAAAGCUUCACUUCAAGUGGAAACCUUACUCGUCAUCAAAGAAUUCAUACAGGGGUGAAACCAUUUCAGUGCCUGGAGUGUGGAAAGAGCAUCAGUCAGAGUGACAGCCUUAUAUCUCAUCAAAGAAUUCACACAGGAAAGAAACCAUAUAAAUGCCAAGUGUGUGGAAAAAGCUUCAGUCAGAGUGGAAGCCUUACUUACCAUCAAAGAAUUCACACAGGAGAGAAACCAUAUAAGUGCAUGGAGUGUGGAAAAAGUUUCCGUUGGAGUAGUAAGCUUACAUCCCAUCGAAGAAUUCACACAGGGGAGAAACCACAUAAAUGCUUGGUGUGUGGAAAAAGCUUCAGGCAGAGUGGAAACCUUACUUCACAUCAAAGAAUUCACACAGGUGAGAAGCCGUAUAAAUGUUUGGAGUGUGGAGAAAGCUUUAGACAGAGUGGAAAUCUUACUUACCAUCAAAAGAAUUCACACAGGAAAGAAACCAUAUGAAGUGGAGUGUAGAAAAACAUUUGAGAGGAGUACUGAUUAAAGAGCCCUAUUUCCUUUAUGAAAAUGUCAUCUUGAACAAUAAGUUAUUCACAUUCCAGAAUGUUUGGCAAUUCCCGAUCUCAUCAGGAAAGUCAUUCUCCCAAGUGGGAGAAGCUGCUUUUGUAUGGGCAGAACCAGCACUUGGAACUGAGUCUGUAAAGUAAUCAGUAGAUAUUGGAUCAAUUCCAGAAUGCAUUUAACGUGUACCCUGUAAACCAAGCCUGAUAAUAAUUGACUUGCGGCAGUCCGCAGCAGCUGUAGUUUCUGUCUUCCAGGGCAGACCCAUCUAGAGUGUGUUACAGUAGUUUAGUCACAGGGUUACCGUAGCUUGGAUGUACAUGGUCAACCUUAGGAGCCAUUCUCAGUGGAUAAAAACAGGCUAAAAUAUGGUAAACUGCAGGUUUGAUUCCGGUAGCACCUUAAUGACCAACCAGAUUGUCAGGCUUUUGAGAAUCAAGGGGAGAUCCCUGAGCCUUUAUAUUCCAGUCUGAGGUGAGUGGGGUGAAACAAAGAAAGGAGUUAGGAUGUAAAGGCAGAAUGCAUCUUGAUUAGAGCAGAAAGACAACCAGGGGGAGAGGUGUUUUUCUGCUUUCCUUCAAGGCUCCACCUAUUGCUGCAUGUCCCACUUUUCUCUCUCUCUCUGGUGCUUGCAGAGACUUGUAGCUGUAUCAUGCACUCUUGCAAUGAAGGGAUCUACUUCUCCCCCCCCUCCCCGACUCCAUUUUGAUAGCACUUAAUGUGAAUAGGAUUUAAUGUGGGCACAGAGACCAGACUGUCAGCUUUCCAAAUACAAAGAGAGUUUAAUGAAGAAGCAAAGAGCAUACACGUGAUCUGUAAUUGCAAUCAGAGUGAGCAAGGAGAGAAAGAAAAUGGGUAUAAACCACAAUUCCUCUCCCCCGGUUUCUGAGCAUACUAUAAAGAUGAUAAGAAACAUAAGCUCUUCAUUCUUGGAGCCACAAGUUUUAGUUUCUCCAGUAGGUUGGAGCUGUUUCCCUUUGUUCUCAGUGCCGUGUGUUCAAGAUGGAAUCUGGAGAAGUGUGCUAAGGAUGACUUGAAGAAAGUUGAGAGUCUGAUCUACAGACAACUGAUAAUUUCCUUUUGCUCUGCAUAUGUACCUUUUCCUGUUCAAAAGGAAAGAUCUGUUCCUUCCUUCACCCCCUUUGCCGUUUUGUAAAAGAAUGCUUUCAGGCUCAGCUGUGAUUUCACUGCCCAUUGUGUUUCUUCCAGAUAGGGUCACCUGCGUAUCAAUGGCACCAGUGACCCUGCCCUUGGGAAGUGAAUUGUCAUGUAUUCAUUAUUUUGAUCAUAUGUAUGUAUGUUCAUCUAUGUAGUCUUUGUAUGCAGCUUCAUAACCUCUGUAAGGUUCAAUAGCUGGCCAGGAAAAGUACAGAACUGCCUCUCAGUUGAAGAAAUAGUAGAUUUAUUGCUCUUUUAUUGUAAACUUUGCAAUGAAAUUGCUCUUUUAUUGUAAACAAUUGCAAAUUAUUUAACUUUGUAAUCUUGCUUUGAGAAUUUAAUGUUAUUAUUUGUAUAAACCCUUUGGGGACCAAUUGCUUUCUUUAGAGGAUGGUCAUGUGUUCAAGUUAGAGAAAUUGAUUUAUUUAUUAUAUUAGAUUUUUAGUCCAUCCUCCCUGCAGGCGUCACAAUGUAUUUCUGUUCCUUCCUUUCACCUUCUCUACAUAGAUCAAGAUGGGUAGCCAUAUUUGAUUGUCUGUAGCAGUAGAAAAGAGCAAUAGUCCAGUAGCACUUAUAAUGAAAUUUGUGGUCAAGUAUGAGCUUUCAUGAGCCACAGCUCACUUCUUCUCUACUUGUGUGUCAUGUAAGGGUCUAAUGAGCCCUUCUGCUGGUGACUUCCAGUUAGAGAAGACCUUAUAUUGCGUGACCAUAUCUUGUGUGCAGGGGCUUCUCAUUUUACACAGCAUUCUGCCAGUCAGCUUAAAACCUGGUUUGCCUUUUAUCUCAGAGAAUUGUAAUACUUACUUAUUUAGGUAAGUGUAAAAAAUAUUAGACCUGAUUUCUGUUGCAUGCUUUUUUCUGUCUUUGUGGGGUCAAUUUGUACCUGUUAGUAUUUAUCAAGUUCUUGCCUAAUAAAAAAUUAAGUGAAAUCAU